GUCAACGGGGUGCAGCUUGACGAACAGGGAGGUCCACUCAACACUGGAGGCCCCCCACCCACCAAGCCCCACCCCGUCGACACCCAUGUGUGGUAUGUGGGCGAAGCAGGCUGGGCAGCGAGCGCCUGCACGGGUGUCCGCCAUGUCCUCCUGCUCCAACACUAACCGGUGGCUCACCGACCCCCCAGGUCCUGCCGUGCUCCCGCGACCCAGACUCCUAUGCGAGCGAGUCGAGGGCACAGGUCCAGUGCUCGGUGUGAGGAGGGAGUGGCGGCCACGAGGUGACAGGCGCGAGCCAGAAGCCGUUGCGCUGUUCACACCCCGUGGGUCACUGACGUGGCCGCGACUUCAGCCUGCCAAGAUUCAACACCGGCUUGCCGCUUCACAGCAGCCAUGCACAUAAGCACGCGUGAAAUAUCCAUGCGAGUAAGCGACAGACGAGACGGAGCAUUUGAAGCACCGCAGGAGGAAAGCAGCCAAAAUGCUGUCACAACACUCAACCGCGCAACCGGCAGGGCUGCUGGCGGCCUUGCCUGCUGCGCGGACCUGCCCAGUACUGCACCUGUGUUGCUGUGUGCGUUCGCGGCACUUGCGGCCGGUGUGCGCGCGCGGCCUGUCGGCUGGAGACUGCCAGAGGCGGCCACGGCUGCUGCUCGCGAUGUCGGCUGCUCGCCGCCUGGGCGGCCGCGGCCCACGCGGCGCAUUAGUGAUUACCAGAUGGCGACCAGAGGGAGCUGCAGCCGCCGGUGGCGAUGUGGACGCGGCCGGCAGCCCCCGGGCCGGGGCGGCGUCACCGCUGACGCCUGGCGGCGGCCCCAUCGGCGGCGAGACUGAGCAGGCGGAGCGCGGUGUCAUCAUCGGCGUCUGCGAGCAGUUCGUGGACGCCUGGUGGCGAGGCGUGGCCCGCGGCGUGGACUCCGCAACCGACAGCUUCUCCCAGCUGCUGGCGGGCGCGCCCCGCGCAGCUACACCUGCUACAGCUGCUACAGCUGCAACACCGGCAGCUCCAGCCAAGGAGGGCGGCGGCGGCGGGCCGGCUGCUGCCGACGCAGCGCACCCCCCGGCAGGGGCGCACAAGCACGAGCACCACCUGCACCUCAGCUGGCGGCGUGGCCACCACCAGCCCAAGCGGCCGGCGGCGUUGCAGGGCACCGCGCAGGAGCAGAACCAGCAGCUGCAGCCACAGCUGCGGGAGGCGCCAGAGGCGCGGGAGGCUACCUCUUCCUCUUCGGCGGCGGGUGAUAGCAGCAGCAGCAGCAGCAGCAGCAGCAGCAGCAGCAGCAGCAGCAGCAGCAGCACCCGCAGCGCAGCAAGCCCCGGUCGCACUAACCUGCAGAGGGAGGAGGCGGCGGCACCAGCGAACGUCGGGGAGGUGGAGUCCGCCUUCGUGCUGGUGCCGGAUGGCGUGCUGCAUCGCCGGCCUCUGCGGGGCUACGGCGCUCUGCUGACUCAGCUGGCGGCGCAGCAUGCCGAGUACCACCGGGUGCAGUACCGGCCAGUGGCAAGCGCCGCUGACGUGCGCUCGGGUGUGGGCUACGUGCUGGGCGAGUUCCGUAUGCAGGACGUGGGCGGACUGGCCGGCCACCCCGCCACAUUCAGGAUCAGCAAGGGUAACUGCCUCUACAAGUUCAAGGUGGACAACGUGGCCGGGGCGGAUGCGGCGCCGCAGGCGGACGCCGGGGCCGGCGGCGCUAGUGCUGCGAGUGGCGGCGGCGGCGGCGGCGGCGGCCGCCACCUCAUCAGCCGGGGCUGGGUGCGGCGCCAGAUGACACAGGAGGAACGCGACGAGCGGGUGUGGGACCCGGUGCACGUCUACCCGGCGCCCUUCCCAAUGGAGCGCCUGCACCUGACGCGCGGCGGCCGCCCGGACGCGGCAGCCAUGCAGGAGGCGGCGUGCGCCUGGGUGGCGGCGCAGGCCAAGCCGCGCCGCCGCAGCGCCGCCACCUCGGCCGCGCCUGCAGGUCCCACCGCCGCGACUGGCGGAAUGGACGAGCGGCCGCAGGAGCAGGCCGAGCAGCAGGCUGGAGUGGCGCAACGAGGGUCGCGUGGGGGCGGAGGCGGAGGCGGAGCCGAUGCAGGAGGUGCGGCGGCCGGCGGCGUCAGCAGCAUUAGCACCCUGGGCCAGAUCACCAGCACUGACCCGCACCGUGCCGAUAUGAUCCCUGACACCAUCGCCGGCAGUAGCCGUAGCACCAGCAGCGACAGCAGCGGCAGUAGCAGCGGCAGCAGCCCAAGCUACGGCGGCGGCUGCAGUGGCGUGUGUGGCCGGGCUCUGGAGCAGGCGCGCGGCGCCCCCCGGCUGCUGCUGUGCAGCUGGAGCAGCAGGGGUGUCGCCGCGGCGGCGGUGGGAGGUGCACACAGCGCACACGCCGCCACAGCUGGUGCUUCUGCUGGUGCGACGCCGGCGGCGGGCAUGGCGGGAGCUCCCGAGGAUGAGGCUGCAGAGGAGCCGCUGGGGCCGACACGGGUGCAGCAGCACUUGGCUGCCAGUGUGCUCUCCCAGAACUGCAGGCUGCAUGACGCGUACGGCAUCUACCCUAGCCCCGAGGACCUGCGGCUACUGCCGGGGGCGGCGAGCGCGGGCGGGUACGGCAGCAUGCGCUCGCAGCAGCCCGUGCUGGGGCCGCAGGCCAUCCUGCAGCGCCUGCAGUCGCAGCAGCGGCUGACGGAUCACGUGGAGCCGCUGCUUCAGGACGUGGCCGUCAGCGCCGACCACAACAUCGCCUUCGUGCACUACGUCAACAUCAUCACGCCGGCAGCAGCGCCCGUACCAGCACCCACCGCGCCGGAGCCCGCCGCAAGUACUGCUGCAACCAGCGCUAGCAGCAGUGCCGGCGCUAGCAGUGCCGGCGCCACCCGCCCCAGCAGCAUCAUGACCGCCGCGGGUGCUUCGCAACAACAAGGCGGUGGGGCGGCUUCGCCGAUGCGCAGCGGCGGCGCCGGAGCCGGCCUCAAGCCACCGAGCAGCCCCCUUGAAGGUGUUGGAGGCGGCGCAGGUGAAGCACGCGGCACGGCGGGUGGGCCUGCCGCUGCUGCAGGCGACGUGCUGUCAUUCACCGCAGGCGACGCAGUCGUGCAUGCCGACUCGUCACAUGCCGGCCCGACGACCAUCCCAGACGCGGGGCUGGGCCUGCAGGUGAGCGGAGGCGGCAGCAGCCCCGCCGGCGGCGACCUGACAAGCGGCAGCAGCAGCAGCAGCAGCAGUCGCAUGGCCGCCGCCGCCAGCAUUGCGGCGGUGAGCAAUGUGGCCACCGCCGCCGCCAACGCCGCAACCGCGGCGGCGCAGGCCGCCACGACGGCUGCGGGCGUGGCCACGACGGCCGCGUCCGCCGCCAACGCCGCCGCCAGCACCGCCAACACCGCUGCUACCAUGGCCGCGACGGCGGCCACGGCUGCGGCCUUUAUGGCUGCGUCUACCUCACAGCAGCAGGAGGCCAUCUCAGACACGUCGGCAGCAGCCGUGGGCGCUGGCGCAGGCCAGGGCCCAAGUAGUGCUACCGCUGGUGCGGAGCAGGCAGCAGCAAGUGGAGCCAGCUACGCGCCGCCGCGGAGCCUUCCUCCGCCGGCGGCUGCAGCCUCAAGCCUGCAGCAGCGUGACGGCACUAUCGGGGGCGGCAGCGGCACUGCUGGCGGCGGCGGCGGCGGCAGCGACGGGCCCCUGGGCAGCCUGGAUCUGCGGCUGCAGGAGCGGCUGCAGGACCUGAGGCUGGCCAUGCCGCAGGUGCAGAUGCAGAUGCCGGCGCAGAUGCAGGGGCUGGAGGAAGUCAUCACCGCGGCGGCGCAGCGCGUGGCGGGCGCCGCCGGCACGGCCGCUGCCGCCGCCAGCGCCGCCGCCGCGGCGGCUACUGCCGUCAUCAUGGCCGAGCAGCAGGCGCAGCAGCAGCAACAAGCUAUUGGAGGCAAGGUGGCCGGCGGCGGCGCGGCGGAGCAGCAUGCGGCGGGCGCGGCGGCGCCGCCGCCGCCGCCGGUGCCGUACCAACAGGAGAAUAUGGCGGCACUGCUGUUUGAUGACGACGGCGCGGUGACGGACGUGUGGCUGCUGCGUAGCCCGUUCCACUGGGAGCGGCGCCUGCUGCGGCCGUGAAUGUGUGACGAGAGAGGACGGGAGCUGGGCGGGGCAGGGAGCAAGGGCCUCAGGGCGGGGCAAUUACGUUGCAAGCGCCGGGGAAGUCCGGUAGUCGACGUCAUGUAAUGCAUAGGAUAGUGGUGCCCAACUGCCCGGCGGGGUAUACAGCAGCAUUAGUGCUACCGCACAAUCCCCGCCGGCACAGCUGCACUGCGGGCAGCACCUGGUGAUGCAUGAUUGCGAGCGCGGCACCUACCCAGCUACGCGCCUUCGCAUUUAAGCAUUUCAGUGACGCGCCUGUGUCCUGCCUGCGUCCGUUGAAGCAUUGCGGAUUGAGACAUGCGUACGCUUCUGGCUGGGUGAGGCGCAGGCGAGGCUAGAGAGGGAAGGCGCGCAGCGGACGAGGCGCGGUCUGGGCGGUUCGCGUGCCAGCUUGUGUUUCUUCAGGUACUUGCAGCAUGGGUGCCGACGGCGGGCAUGCGCAGUGGCUGGAGUGCUGGACCAGGUGUGGCCCCGCCCCUCCAAAGUAUGUAGAGGCAUGU